AUGUUUGGGAUUCAAGAUACUUUAGGAAGAGGACCAACUCUGAAAGAAAAGUCGCUGGGCGCCGAGAUGGAUUCGGUGAGGUCCUGGGUCCGGAAUGUCGGCGUGGUGGACGCCAACGUCGCGGCGCAGAGCGGAGUCGCCCUGUCCCGGGCGCACUUUGAGAAGCAGCCUCCCUCCAACCUGAGGAAAUCCAACUUCUUUCACUUCGUCCUGGCGCUCUACGACAGGCAGGGGCAGCCGGUGGAGAUUGAGCGCACGGCCUUCGUGGACUUUGUGGAGAAUGACAAAGAACAAGGCAAUGAGAAGACCAACAACGGCACCCACUAUAAGUUACAGCUUCUCUACAGCAACGGCGUCCGCACGGAGCAGGACCUGUAUGUCAGGCUCAUCGACUCGGUCACCAAGCAGCCCAUAGCUUACGAGGGACAAAAUAAGAAUCCAGAAAUGUGCCGAGUGCUCCUGACGCACGAAGUGAUGUGCAGUCGAUGUUGCGAAAAGAAAAGUUGUGGAAACCGAAAUGAGACUCCUUCAGACCCUGUCAUCAUCGACAGAUUCUUUUUAAAAUUUUUCCUCAAGUGCAAUCAGAAUUGUUUGAAAACAGCAGGAAACCCAAGGGACAUGAGAAGGUUUCAGGUUGUCUUGUCAACAACGGUGAAUGUGGACGGACAUGUGCUGGCCGUUUCCGACAACAUGUUUGUUCAUAACAACUCGAAGCAUGGGCGGAGGGCGAGAAGACUGGACCCCUCAGAAGCUACCCCCUGCAUCAAAGCCAUCAGCCCAAGUGAAGGCUGGACCACAGGAGGAGCCAUGGUCAUCAUCAUUGGGGACAACUUCUUUGAUGGCCUCCAAGUGGUAUUUGGGACCAUGCUUGUAUGGAGCGAGCUAAUAACUCCUCACGCCAUCAGAGUGCAGACUCCUCCUCGGCACAUCCCCGGAGUGGUGGAAGUGACACUAUCUUACAAAUCCAAGCAGUUCUGCAAAGGAGCUCCAGGGAGAUUCAUUUACACAGCAUUAAAUGAACCCACCAUAGACUAUGGCUUCCAGAGACUGCAGAAAGUUAUCCCGAGACAUCCUGGGGAUCCUGAGAGAUUAGCCAAGGAAAUGCUGUUGAAAAGAGCUGCAGAUCUAGUGGAGGCCCUCUACGGCACACCACACAAUAACCAGGACAUCAUUUUGAAGCGAGCUGCAGACAUUGCUGAAGCCCUCUACAGUGUCCCCAGGAAUCCCAGCCAGAUCCCAGCUCUCUCCAGCUCUCCAGCCCACAGUGGCAUGAUGGGCAUCAAUUCUUACGGCAGCCAGCUUGGGGUCAGCAUCUCGGAGUCAACCCAGGGAAAUAACCAAGGGUACAUCCGCAACACGAGCAGCAUCUCUCCUCGUGGCUACUCCUCCAGCUCCACCCCUCAGCAGUCUAAUUACAGCACCUCCAGUAACAGUAUGAAUGGCUAUAGCAACGUCCCCAUGGCCAACCUGGGCGUCCCAGGGUCACCAGGAUUUCUCAACGGCUCCCCCACAGGCUCCCCUUAUGGAAUCAUGUCAUCGAGCCCCACUGUGGGAACUUCCAGCACGUCCUCCAUCCUUCCAUUCUCUUCUUCAGUUUUUCCUGCUGUCAAACAGAAGAGUGCCUUUGCCCCUGUCAUCAGGCCCCAGGGCUCCCCUUCACCUGCCUGCUCCAGCGGCAAUGGAAAUGGAUUCAGAGCCAUGACUGGACUUGUCGUGCCCCCGAUGUAAAGAAGAGGAAAAACUGCUUUCUUAUAGCACAAAACUACUUACUCUGAUGGACCAAUAAUGAAGAAAGCACUAUGAGCUCUUUGGGGAGAGCUGUGCCCCCAAAUGAUCAUGAUGGAAGAGUUGGGUAUGCAAGGAGCUGUAUCUUACCUGGUCUCACGUUUCUUGUGUAGCUCUGAUGGUGGCCAGACAAACUGACCCUUUUGGGGACAAGGACAAAAAUGUCAUUGACGUAGUCAGUGCUAAGAGCAGAAAUGCAAUUCUUUGUUAUGAACAUUAUGAAAACCACCUUCCUAUGUUUGUAAAAUAUUUAAGAAAAAAAAAUUGGCAAACAAUUCAUGCUUAAUAUUUUGGAUACUAUUUGUUUUUCUUUGUAGGAAAAAAAAAAGUUGAAAGUUUCUAUUUUCUAUGAAGCCUUUCAGAUACCAAUUUAGUUUAUGCAGAAAAAAAAAAUUGAACAAAACAGGGUACCAGCAUGGAAGACUUUCUUAAAACGAAACCUGAAUUGAAUGAUGAAAUGUUGUCGUAUGUGUGUUUGCUUAUAGUUUAAUCUCUUUAAAAAACAAACAAAAACGAACAAACAAAAAAAAGGGAAAAAUUUUUAAAUGUUUUACAAUUAUUUAAAUAAAUAAACGUGUAACUUAUUGUAAGUAGAGGUAGAAAUUAAGACCUUUCUGGAAGGAGAGGACUUUCUCUUCCUGAUGUAAAAUGAAAAUGAUGCAAACACGUAGUAACAAGUUAAAAAGGUGUGUGAUUAUUACUGCGGUUACUUGCUAGACCCUUAUCCCCCAUCCUUCACUUCCCUGUUUUUCCAUUGUUUGACUGACCCACAGGCAAGAACACGAACCUUAUGCAGACUCCUGCAGAACCAGCGAAUGCAAAACAGAGUCAAGCCCAGGCACAGACACACACGCUCAGGCCCAUCAGGUCAUUCCCAGCGCCAUCUGCUUUCUGAGAGCCUACGUGUCCCUUUGGGUGUUUACUCUUUGUGAAUAUCUAUUUUUAAUUUAUAUUAUGUUUCAACAUUCUCCCCUGAGCAGUGCAGAGAAUUCCCAUGUUUUAGUGCAUCCCUGGCUUUGCAUCCCAGGGAAAGAUGUAUCUCCCCUUAAAGAAAGAGCCGAAGUCACAUGACCUUCCCAGUCAAGUGGCCACUUAGGGAUUCUUCCUCAGCAGAGUCCAUACUCCCUCCUCUUUGGUUACCUGAUUCAGCUCAGAGUUAUAAGCCCCACAGCACUUCACUAACAGGGUUUGUGGAGAUGUCACACACCCUUAAAAUGUCAACCUUAAAGUGUCAACCUUAAAAUGCCCAUGUCCUUUCUUCUCACUGCAGAUUUCCCCUUUCAUGGCAUUAAACUCUCUGAAAAUAUAUCUGUAUGUACCCAACUUGACACAGUUCCCAGGCAAGAAUGGGAUGGGAUGUUAAAGAAGAAUGUUAAAAGCCCUAGAUGCCUCUCCUGAUGUUCAAAAAAGAAACAAGGAAACCCAGAUUCUCAGUAGGGUCAGAGAUGAGGUGCCUCUGUGCUCCAAACGUGCAGUUACCCAGGCCUGAAAUGGGCUUCCCAGAGUUCUGGGACUAGCUCUUAGGGGGAGAGACCUUGUGGGAGCUGCUAACAGUGGCUGAGUCUUUAAAAGCCUGUGUGAUCUGGGCGAUGCAUGGACUUGUUUGGACUGCCGGUAAGGUUGCCAUCUUUUUCCAGGCCAAGGUUCUCCUUGAUGACUCAUUGGCACCACAGUAUAGUCCAUACGCGGACUUUGGUUUGAGGUUCUUGGUUGGGUUCUAAUGUUAGAACAUUAGAAUUUGAUGCAGCUCUUAUGGAAACAUCUUUAGUGCAUCUGAGCCAAUUCUAGAUGACUUCACGAAUUCUGCCUCCCUUCCGUAGGCCCCGUUGAUAAACACCCACACCUAUCCACCCCACUACGGUCUUAUUUGCCUUUAGUCUGUUCUGGAAUUACCCUCUAUGACCCAGACAUUAUUUCUAUGCACAUGAGAAUCCAAGGUUUUGGAAACCUAUCAUGCUUAUAAUUCCUGCUGACAGACCCUCACAGUCAGGGCUUAAAGCACCAAAGGCAGGGAAACACACAGGAGAAAGUUUCUGGUGAAAAAUCUGAUGGCAAGGGGAAGGUUUGCAGAAUGCAAACAUUAGCAGCUGAAAGUGAAGGCAGAACAAAAUUAAGCAUAUUUAGACCUGGAUUUGAGCCAACCCAACAUAAGGAAAUGUUUUUUUAAGUAGCAUUGCUUUUAGAAUCUGUGAAUUUUGCUCUUGCAUGAAAAUGAGUGCAGUACUGUCUUCAAAAUGAUUGUAGAAUUUGUUGGUAGCUUUACACCGAAAAAUGUGUGUAAUUAAAUACCAGACAUCCUUGACCAUUCAGCUAGAACCUUGGCAGCAACAGAUCUAUUUAAUUGUACAAAUGUGUGUAAGGAUUAUUUUUAGUGUACUAAUAAAUUAAAAACAAAGCUACUCUGUCCUCUUUAGUCAUUGCUGUUGAAUCAUUCUGGUCCCAGGUUAUUUUUUGUACCACUUGGAAUACGAGUAUUUCUAUAGGUAACUACAAAUUCCAUCCUAUCUUUGUAAGAGGAGCUGUGUAAGAUUUUUCAUUUAAAGGGACAAUUUUCUUCAUUAUUUAUCUCCUUUUAUUGUUUGGUAUAGCAUCAUAUUUUUUUCCCAGUUUUUCUUUGCACAUUUCAAUAUGCAUGGUUUAAAAACCAUUAUCUUCUCUACCUUUUGUACAGUAAGGUCUCAUUUUCAAACUGUAUAGUUUCAUGUUAUCAUUUUGCUUUGUCAGUUAUAUACAGUAUAAAGUUGCUAUGCACAGAGCUUUUUGUAAAGACAGCUUUUUUGUUUACUGUUUUUAAUGGUCUUACUUAUGAAAGAAUAUCUUGUUUGUAAAAUGAAUAUGUCUACUUCAGUU